AUGAAGUUCAAUACUGUCGCCCUCACCCUGGCUACCGCCGGUACCCUGGUGUCCGCUCAGCACCACCACCAGCACCGCCAUCACCACAAGCGCUCCCCCGACACCGAGGUCGUCACGGUGCCCGGUCCUACCGUCACCACCUUCGUUCUCGACGGCAAGGUCAUUACCUAUGAGGAGGCCUGCGCUGGUAUCCGCAAGGGAACUUUGCAGUUCUCUGGCAACGUGCCUGCGGAUGUUUGCCAGUCCUCUUCUUCUACUGUGGCUUCGAGCACCACCAGCCCGACUCCCACGGCUUCCGUCCAGGCUGCUGCUGAGUUCAUCGAGGUCGCCGUCCAGCACUCGUCGAGCUCCAGCUCCAGCUACAGCUCCAGCAGCACCAAGACCAGCAGCUCGUACGCCGUUGCCUCCUCCAGCUCCUCCGCCAGCAGCUCUAGCAGCAGCUCCUCCUCUGCCACCGGUGUGGACAAGGAGUUCCCCGAUGGCGAGCUUGACUGCGACACCUUCCCCUCUGAAUAUGGUGCCGUUGCCCUCGACUACCUUGGCCUUGGCGGUUGGUCCGGUAUCCAGUACGUGACCAUCGUCGACGAGGUUGUUGACACCAUCGUUACCGGUGUCACCGGUGAUUCCUGCACUUCCGGAGCCAUGUGCUCCUAUGCCUGCCCUGCCGGAUACCAGAAGUCCCAGUGGCCCAGUGCCCAGGGUUCUACCGGCCAGUCCGUUGGUGGUAUUGAGUGCAAGAACGGCAAGCUCCACCUUACCAACAAGUCUCUGUCCAAGAAGCUUUGCAUUGAGGGUGUCGGAGGUGUCCACGUGAAGAACACCAUGAGCGAGGAGGUCGCUGUUUGCCGUACCGACUACCCUGGUACCGAAUCCGAGACCAUCCCUCUCGCUGUCGCUGGCAACAGCGAGCUCCACCCCCUGACUUGCCCCAACGGCGCCACCUACUACAAGUGGGAGAAUGAGACUACUUCCGCUCAGUACUACGUUAACCCCAAGGGUGUUUCCACCGAGACUGGUUGCCAGUGGGGUAACGGCAGUGCUCCUAUCGGCAACUGGGCUCCUAUCAACCUUGGUGUCGGUUACAACGAUGGCAAGUGGCUUUCUCUGUUCCAGAACAGCCCUACCACCACCACCAAGCUUGACUUCAACGUGAAGAUCCAGGGUGACAACCUCAGCGGUUCUUGCAAGUACGAGGAUGGUACCUUCUACUCCGAGUCUGGCUCCAACGACUCCGGUUGCACUGUUGAGGUUCUCUCCGGCUCCGCCACCUAUGUCUUCUACUAA